CGGUGGAGGUGUGUGUGCAUGCAGUGAGGUGAAUCUGGACAGGAUGGGACAAGCUGUUCAAAGAGAGGAAGAGAGCUCAGCACGCUCAGCUUGUACUUUCCCCCAAAACGCCUUGAACUUCCAUGAAAGUUGAACCAGAGGUUACAUUUUUAGCUGCAGCUACUUGUUACAUCAACUAGUGCAGCACUGUCAUGCUAAUGAAAGGAGAAGCAAGGCCAGGUGUCAAACAAGCACAGGCUGGAGGAAUCAAUUGACCUUUGAACUUGAGUCACUGUAAACUGGAAAAGACAUCACAGACUGAGUGAGCAGACACUCUUCACCCACAUUCACCCCUCCCUCACCCCCACCACACUGCCUCUAUGCUCAUCAACCUGAGUGUUGCCUUCAAGGAACCUCUUGCCUUUCAUGGAACACAGCCUGAACCUCCCUCUGCUGUGGAAGUGACAGCCAUGGAUUCACGUCCAGUGCUGCUCGCUCCUCCACCACCUCCCCUAGCACCUCCACCACCUCCUCCCCCACCUCCUCCUCCACCUCCACCUGCAUCCUUGUCCUCCUCUCCUUUUAGCCGGUCAGAUAGUGCCCGUCGCAGCCGGCUAAGGAAGCUGAACUGGGAGAGCAUCCCCAAAGAGAAGGUGGAGGGGAGGAAGAGUGUGUGGAGCGGGGCAGCACAAGGCGAAGAUGAGUUUCCCAUAGACCUCCACUCUCUGGAUGAACUGUUUGGACAGAAAGACAGUAAACCUCAGGACAGAACGGGCACCUUGAGGCGGAGGUCGGCUUUGCUGCGCUGCAGAUCUCCACAGGACAACCCAGAGGAGAUCUCCCUGUUGGACUCAAAGCGCAGCAUGAACAUUGGAAUAUUUCUACGCCAGUUCAAGUUGCCUGCUAAGGAGAUAGUUGAGGAUAUCAGGCAGGGUGCUGGGGAUCGUUACGGAGCAGAGAAGCUUGCAGAGCUCUGCAAAUUGCUGCCUGACAAUGAGGAGGAGUCCCGCCUGAGAAGGUUCAGCGGGGAGCGGAGCUGGCUUGGAGAGCCUGAUCUUUUUAUUCUGCUGCUGGUGGAAGUCCCCAGCUUUCGGCUACGUCUGGAUGCCAUGAUCCUGCAACAAGAGUUCGACCCUGCUGUGACCUCUCUGUGUGUGGCAGCCAGAUGUCUGAGGGAGGCGGCCAGAGAACUGUUGAGCUGUCCUGAAUUACACUCCAUCCUCCGUUUGGUGCUGAAAGCAGGAAACUAUAUGAAUGCUGGGGGGUAUUCGGGGAAUGCUGCUGGUUUCCGGAUUUCAUCGCUGCUCAAACUGGCUGACACCAAAGCCAAUAAACCGGGAAUGAACCUGCUGCAUUUUGUCGCAAUGGAAGCUGUGAAAAAGGACCAGAGUUUGCUGUCAUUUCCUAGCCAAAUAGGCCAUGUUGGCUCCGCCUCCAGGUUGUCUGAGGAGUCAGUGCUAGAGGACUUAUCCAGGUUAAAAAGCAGAGUGGUGUCCUUAAAGGCAAACAUCCAGACUGAGGCAGAGAUCCAGCGGCAUACACAACCUUUCCUAGAGAUGGCUGAGGAACGUCUGAAGGAGGCAGAGGAUGAAGUAGAAGGUAUGAGAAUGUCAAGUCAAGCACUGGUGGAGUUCUUCUGUGAAGAUGACAGCACGUUUAAACUAGAGGAGGCCUGCAGGGUCUUCAAUUCUUUCUGCCACCGCUUUCAGAAAGCUGUCCAGGAGAAUGCAGAGCGGGAGCUGAAGGAACAGAAACGUUUGGAGCGUCAGCGUGAGAUCGGGGAAAAGCGUCGCUCUCUGGCUGUUUGUACCGGGCUAGACCUGAGCCUCAGCCUUGCCAGAGAGCCUCAAAGUCAGGAGAACCAAGAUGAACUGGAGAAACUAUUAGAGAAGAACUUGAGCUGCACUUGGAGUCGACGCAGCCUGAGAAGCUCAGAGUCCCGCAGACUUUCCCAGAACCUCCCCAACGACACCCAUUUCCAAAACUCAUCCAUGCUGAAGAGCUUCCCUGAGCUUGGCAGCAGUCCAACAUCCACCAGUUAUCACUCCAACAGCUCAUCUGACCAUGAGACCUCUGCUGGGCUUUGUAGCUCUCCAGAGACUGAUGAUAUUUGUUCCCCCAUUGAUAGAGAACCUGUUCUGAGUAGGAGGAGCAGGUGGCUGAACAGCAAAGCAACAAAUCGGAGCAUGGAAUUGGUUCGGGACUUUGACACUGCUACAUUUAGUUGUUCUCAGCGUGGCAGUGGCUUUACACUGAAGCAAAACAGACCUGAAAGCAUUUCCUAUGUUCUGCAAGGCCAAAAAAAGGCAGCAUCACUUGAAAAAGAGGCAGAGGUGUCACAUGAACACUUGGUUUCAAUGACAACUGAAUCUUCACCCAGCUCCUGCUCUACUUCUGCUGCUACACCCCCUGAAACAUCUGCCCUGUGUGAUAAAAGCCAGGACUCAUCUCAAAGACAUAAAUUUGACCUGCCAGUCACAGACAAUACUCCCUCCAUUCAGAGUAAAUCUAAUGGCUCUUGUUUUGAAGGGUCUUUACCUCAUUCUCAUCACACAAAGGGAGUAGUUUCUCAAAGUAACGCAAACACUGGGUCGUUACGGCACCACAAAACUGAGAGCCAAUCACAUUCAUCAAUAAAUGCUCCAGAGAGGAUCCAGUCACAGCCACAGGCAAAUGAGACACCCACAAUGACAACAAGUGAAGACAUUCCUUCCCUUGAUGCAGGUUUAACAAAGCACUCAAACACAGACGUGGUGUCCGCGCCUGUAGAGGAGAACUGGAUGCCCUCCAGUCUACCAGAGUUCAGCCAAUCACAGCCGGCAGGGUUCUCCAACCUGCCAAGUUCUGAGAGGGAGGCGGCGCAGCCGUACUCCCGAGUGGGUGAAUCACUGGAGUGCCACACUCUGGUGAAAGGCCUCCGAUCCUACGACGCCUUGUCACCCCUGACCUCGCCGCUCCCACGACCCGCACCCAGCCUCUGCUCUAAGUGGAGGAAAGAGAGGGAGGUUGACCUCCGAGAGGGGACAACUCCAGGGUCUUCCACAUCAAAGGAGGAGCCUCGAGCUGUGAAGACCCCUGUGCGGAGUGGAAUCGGGGCCAAAAGGGGCCUUGUGUCACGUGCAGGACCUUCCAAUAGCACGGGCAUUCCCAGAGUGCGCUCCAAAACUGAGCCUUCCAAUGGAGCCCCAACCUCUACAAACCCAUCCACACCUAGCCGAUUAACUACUCCUCGCAGCAUAUCCAUGCGCUCCUCCACUGUCACACGUCCCUCUGCUGCUCAGACAGAGGUGAAACGCAGUCACACUACACGGGAAAGGACUCUGAGUGAGCAACAGCCACCAGGAAAGCCCUCCUUAACCCGCAGGACUUCAGAUAGAUCUGUAUCAGAGAAAAGCUCAGGCAGCACCCAACCAGCCUUCAUCAGAGGGACUCCUGUCCGUGUGUCAAAACGUGUUGCUCCCAAGUCUGAGACUCAGGAUCCCUCACAACCUCGCACUGCCCACAGCCCGUCCUCCACCACAGCAAAGACAAUUCGCACGACUGUCAUAUCUGCUGCCCGGAAUAAAACUGCCAAGACAACAAGCACAAGCACCCCUGCUACUAGCUCUAAGAUCCCUACAGCUUCACGGAUUCCUGGCCCCAAAAUGCCUCGAGCUGCUGCAUCUCAGCCGCUGUGGAGGUGAUGCAAGAGAAAAAGUGCCCUUACUGCAGAGUGUUUUCACACUUUAAAUGUCCUUAUGGAUUUCAGUCUAAAUUACAGGCUGAAUAUUCAUGAGGAGUGUGAGUCAUCAGUCAGAUUUCUGGUUUUCUAAAUUCAGCUUUUAUCAAAUUUGCAUGAAUUUCUGGGUGCUUUGGGUUUGAAUAUGUGAGAGGGAGCUGCACUUGAAGCAAUGUGGAGCAUUUUCAUCUAAUUUGCUUCAUCUCACAUUAGAUGCUGCGAUUCCUACCUCUUUUUUUACACGUGUCCUUUGCAGGCGAUGGGACACCACAAGAAGACCCAUUUUACAGUCAUUAUGUUUAUGCAGAACAGGUUAACAGUUAAACACAACUAAGUGACAAUACUCUGUGCCUAGAAAAGACAAGCAUGCUCUGAAAGAAUUAGACACUGAUUCAAUCUCUCUUGCAUUAAAAAAGGAAGGGUUUUUUAAAGUAAGAAAAUUCCCCAAAUGUUUUGCAUACUGUGAUCAUUCCCCCUCAUUAGUUUUUAUUGUGUUCUCAGGCUUGGCUGUCUUGCAGUCCAACCUGAACUUGGUACAAUGUUAAACUGUUGAUCCUCUUGUUGAGAGGUCUCAUCGUUCUGAUGCACUUUACAAACUGAAGAAGAGGCAGCAAGGUGAUGUUUUCUGUAAUAUUUGUUAUUUUAUGUGAAAAGAUUAUAUAACUUUAUUGAAUAGCAUUGGUUGUUAUUCACUGUAUUAUUUGGAUUUGUAUAAAAGAGAAGAUGAAUAAAGACGGUGAUCUGGAAGUGUCUUGUCUCUCAGAAAGGUGCUCAAUGGUCGGAUUAAAGUAUCUGUUCUCCAG